ACUAUUCUUUCUUUAGAGAGCUCGAAGGGUUUUUAUUAGCUCAGAUACAUAUAACAUCUCCAUUAUCGGUCAACACAUUUUGUGUGAACACAAAACAGAGUCGGCCAGUGGGCAUCUUUGGUAUCUCACCCAAAAAAAUAAAUAAAUAAAGGAAAUCAAAUUCAUUUUUAUGUUUUUCAUGAAAAAAAAAAUUAUAAUUAUCCAAAGGUGGUGCGUAUCUCUCUAUCUAUCUUUUGCAGAGAGAGACUGCUUCUUUGGCGGCUACUAGAAAGCAAAAUUUGAAUUUUCAAUCGGUUUAUAUAACCGUCGUUUGAUAGAAACCUCAAAAGGGUUGUGAUAAUUCGGCACAAAAUCAUCUGGGUCGGUCUUAGUUUGUCAGAUUUCUGGCGAGAUUGAGUUGGGUAUAUGUGCCUGACAAAGGUGGCGAACCCACGAGACUCCGGCGAGUAUGUCAGGUUCCCGACGACUGACACCGCCGAUGACGGAGGAGCUGACCACCCGAUUCUGUCGUCGGCUGCGGUGGCGAGAGAGAGGUCGGUGAUGGUGACGGCCUUGACAAAUGUUGUGUCAGGUGGUCAGAGGUUGGGUGACGGCGGCGGAGAGUGGGGUUAUAGGGCGGAGAUGGGUGGUGGUGGUGGUGGAACGUCGUCGUUUGUGGGCGGGUCUGGUGGGAUUUACUCUGCGAAUUCACCUACUUCGCCGUACUCGUCUUCGAGCUCUGGUUCGUGGGCUGGACAGAAGAGAGGUCGUGAAGAAGAGAGUGUGACUCAAUAUUCAUCAGAACAACAACUUCAUAGGGUUUAUAGAGGGUUUAUUAGUGAUUUCAGAGGUUCUCAUGGUGGAGAGUCAUCUUCUGUUACAACAACUGCAGAAGAACCUACAAAUAUUGUGACCGCUACCACUCCCACCACCAUCACCAUCACCGCCACGGCCACGGCCACCACACCACCAACUCCAACAACAGAAGCAGCAUCAAAUGAAGAGGGUGGAGAGAGAAGAAGAAGAUACAGAGGAGUGAGACAGAGACCAUGGGGAAAAUGGGCAGCAGAGAUAAGGGAUCCACACAAGGCAGCAAGGGUUUGGUUAGGUACAUUCGACACAGCCGAGGCUGCAGCUAGAGCCUAUGAUGAAGCAGCCCUGAGAUUCAGAGGAAACAGAGCCAAACUCAACUUCCCUGAAAAUGUCAGAUUACUACCACCUCCCCAACACCCUCCGGCGACCCAGUUGCCCAUUUCCAAUUCUCCGGCGACCCAUUUGGCGGCGCCGCCACCUCCACCACCGUUCUUCCAAACCCACCACCAAUUUCAGCCUAACAUUGCUAGGGACUAUUGGCAAUACUCUCAGCUACUACAGAGCACUGGUGAUUUGAAUUUUCAUGCACUACAACUACAACAACAACAACAACAACAACAACAACAACAAAACAGCUUGUUAGAUCAAAUGUUCUAUGCUUCAUCAUUAGCUGGUUUAGAUGCACAAACAUUGGUUUCUUCUUCACCUUCAUUUGCUUCUUCCUCAGUCACUUCAGCAACUUCCUCAUAUCCUCUGUUUUUUUCUGAUCAACAACAAUUGGGCUAUUUCCGGCCUCCCGGACCUCAAAAUCAAGGUGGUGGGUCAGAUUUUCCGGCACCGCCGUGGACUGGUUCCGGCCAGUACCCUCCCUCCUCCAGUUGAUUUCCAAUUUACAUUUAAAAGUUUAUUUUAUUUUUAUUUUUUAUUUUACAGGAAAACACAGUCAGGAUAUUUGAUUAUCUUGUUCUUGGUUCAUAGUUUUUAUACACUCUGUGUAUUUAGAUGGGAACAGUUAUUCAGUGUGACACUGACAUAGCAUUAUCACAAACUCAUCAUCACCUACCAUUGACUUUUCUAGAACCCACAUGACUCAUCACCAUCAUUGAUUUGCAAUGAUUUGUGGGUCCUAUGAAAAUCAAGUGAUGAAUUUGUGAGAAUUGCUGAAUAAUUUUUGGGUGUGUAGAUGUAGAUGUAAUUUUGGAUCCAUUAUUUGUUUUUAUCAAAAAGUGGUGUAAAGGAAUGUACCGAAUUAUUGUUGAAAGUUGUGAGGAAAGAACAAAACCGUACUUAGGUUUUAGGCUCAGUUCGAUGCUAAAGAUUUGAUGUUUACGUAAAUUAUCGAAGGAAAGUUGUAGAAACCAGGAAGGAGGUUGUUGUUAUGCUGCCUCUGUUCUUUAGCUUUACAGCCUAGAUAUAUUGAAAGUGGUAUAUUAUGAUGAUGUAAUCUCGUUUGUUUUAUGGGAUUUAGUUUCUCUC